AUGGGUGAGCGAGCCCUCUGCCGAGCCGAGCCAUGCUCUGGCACCAUCCCCAGGAAAUGCCAGGAGCUAGGAGACUCAAUUCUUUUGCUCCUGAUCAGAUUAAUCUUCCUCAACUUGGGGAUGAACGUGGUGACUAUGCUCUGGAGGCAUCUGAAGAGUUACUUGCGGGUACUUUUCAAUCGUAUUUUCCCCAAAGACAAGCAAGCCAGCUGUGUAGGCAGCCAUCGCAUGUGCAUGCGCUGCUCCGUGGAUCCCAAGAACCUGUGCUCAAGAGUUUCUUCCCGCUUCCGCCAUCGCCCAAGCUUCCUGCUCGGGCACCCAAACCACCACCCAAACUCCUGGAUACCAGACACAAAUGACGAGAAUGCUUCUAAGUGCUGCUGGAUGCCGCCUCAGUGUGGAUGGGCUGGGGCUUCCACGGAGGCUCCACGGGGACUGUGGAUGGAGCGGGUAGUGGGAGCUGGGGAGGCCCCUCCGGUCACAGCCUUAAAGUCCCAAGCCACCUUGUACUCCAGGCAGGAGACAUCUUCCAAGCUCCAAAGGAUGAGCAAGGUGGACGUGGUUCCACUCCGCCUGCCCCAAGACAGCAAGGCUAAGACACCAGACUCUGACCCAGCCCAGGUCCCAGCCCGGGCCCAGACCCACCCCCCAGCCGAGACCUGCUCCCGAGGCCACGCCCAUGAGCACACUUCCGCCCAGACCCAGGCCUUCUCCCUAGUGCACCCUACUGGGAACACUCCUGCCAAAGCCCAGACCUUCUCCUCCACCCACCCCUCUGAGCACGCCCCACCUCAGGCCCAGACUUGCUUCACAUUCCACUCCCCUGAGCACACCACCCCCCAGGCCCAGAACCCCUCCCCAGCCCUCACCCCUGAGCACAGCCCUGUGCUGGCCCUGACAAACACUCAAGUCCCGUCCACCACCCCUACGCCCAUCCUAGGUUCUAUUCCCUCUACCUUGUCUGCCUUUAGCCAAGGCCUCUCCUCCGGCCAUGUGGUCUACCAUGACCGCAGGGUAAAGCAGAACUUAUUCCAUGUGUGUCUGCCUCAGAAUUCUGGGUAUUCCAGAAAGAACUUGGGUACCCCCUCCAGGCCCCAAGAGGGGCAUGGUCUGGUGAGCUCUGGUACAGCAGAGCAAACACUGAAGCAAUGUAGUAGGGACAGUGCCAAGUCCUCCACAGGAUCCAUACUGGGUUACCUGGAGUUGGGGAAUAUGGAAGGGAAGAUCUCAAAUGAUGCCAAAGACAAAUUUGUACAGUCCAAGACCUUCCCUUACUGCAGCUUCCAUCCUUGCAGUUCUGAAAGAAACACAGACCCCCAGACUCCAGUCUACCCCACAUUCCUGGUGUACUCCAAGGAUGCUGCACCUUCUCAACCUUGCUUCCAUUCUCCAACCAGUGCCCAGAGCUCACCAUGCACCAUGCCUCCACCAUGCACUCUUUCUCUGCCUCUUGUUUCUCCCAGAUCCUUUGUCCUUCAACACAGCAACCACCAGAAGCCCUCCACCUUAAUACAACCCCCCACCUUUCCCCCAACCUCCAAGUCUCCUCAGUCUGUCCUCUCUUCCCAGGGCCCCAUCCCUCCCCAGUUAUCCACUACUUCCCAAACCCCAAACAAGCCCCAACCCCCUGAACUUCAUGAGAGUCUAGGCCUCAACCAAGGCUCUGUCCUCCAAAGGACCCCAGGCCCUUCAAAAGACUGUAGAGUUUUCAGAAACCCAGGCCUUACCCCAAAUCCAAGCCUCCAUAAGAACCCAGGCCUUACCCGAGACCCAGGUCUCCCCAAGAACCCAGGCCUUGCUCAAGAUCCAGGCCUCCACAAGCUUCCAGGCCUUACCCAAGACCCUUACCUCUACAAGAAUCCAAGCCUUUCCCACGACUCUGAUCUUCAGAAGAAUCCAGUCAUUACCCAAGAUUCUGGCUCCCAGAAGAGCUUAGGUUCUACUCGAGAUAGACGUUUCUUUAAACGCCCAUAUCUCACCCAACGCUCUGGUCUCCACAAGAACAUACCAUUUCUCCAAACUUCUGACAUUCAGAGGAGCUCAGGCUUUAUGCAUUAUUCUGAAGUCUAUAGGAAUCUGGAACGAAAGCAAGAGACUGUACUGUAUAAAAGUCAAGAGCUCUCCCAAAAAACUGGCUUCCAUAAUAGCCCACACCCUUCUCAAGAUUCUGGAUGUGACAAGAGUACAGGUAAUGCCCAAGAUUCAGGAGUCUCUAGGAGUCCAGACUUUACCCAAGAUUCUGGGCCGGAGAAGUAUCCAUACCUUGCCCAAGACUCUGGAGACAACAAGAGCUCAGGCCUUUGCCAGGAAUCGAAGAGCCCAGGCCUUGUUGAAACCCUUCGGCUCCAUAAGGGCUCAAGCCUUACCCGAGACUCAGGAGACUACAAGAAUCCAGGUCUUACCCAAGAUUCUUGAGUCUACAGGAGCCAAGGCCUUACUCAAGAUUCUGACCUCCAUAAGUAUCCAGGCCUUACCCAAGCCACUGAAGUCAAAAGGAGAUGUGGCCUUACCCAAGAUGCUGGAAAUUACAGGAGCUCAGAACAUACCCAUGUCCCUAACUAACAUAAGUACUCAAGAAUUAAUCGUGAUGCUGGCCCCCGUAAGGGUCCAGCCCUUACUCAAGACUCUGGCUUAUCCAAGAGAUCAGGCCUCCAUAACAACUCAUGCCUUAUCCCAAACCCUGGCCUCCACAAGACAUCUGGAACUGACUCUGUCCAAGUUUUGGGCCCACAUCAGACCCGAAAGUCAUUUAUAUCUGAGGCAGUUCCUCGAAAGGAGGAUGCUGGGCAGCACAUACCAUGGACUUCUGUCCCACCCAGUCAGAACUCCUGCUCUCCCAGGGCUCAGGUGGUCUACAAUGACCUGCAAAUCUUCUCAGAGGUACCUGUACUAAUUGAGCUCCAAUCACCCUCCCGGCGAGCAGGCAGCCAAGAUUGGGUGUACACAGUUCCUCCAGCCUGCCAGAACUAUCGCCAGAUGUCUACACCUCCCAAAACCAGCUGGAAGCCCUACUGUCCUGGGUCAGGCACCCGGCUAGGACAUGUGGUCUUUGACGCCCGCCAGAGACAGUUCAGAGCAGGCAGGGACAAGUGCGAAGCUCUGUCUCCCAGGCGCCUUCACUGAGAGACAUCCAACAACUCACAGAGACCAUCAAGGAGUGGGGAUAUCAGUGUGUGAUGAGCAACUUAGAAAAAGAGGGGACAGAUAUGCAUGAGGAAUAAAGAGACAAGAGAAGUGUUCUGUGGGUGGUUGAGGACAUCCA